GCAUGCGCAGAUUGGGGAAGCUUCUGGAAGACGGAGGGGCUGCCGCCAUUUUGCGGGAAGAGGAGCCGCUCUGGCUGCAGUGCCGCUUUUCCUGCGGAAACUCUAGGAAAUAGCUGAGCUUCGCGCCCCACAACACAUCCAAAGGAACGGAGAAAACCGGGACCCCCCCUGUGGGGACCCGGAACUGAUCUGACACGAUGGCAUCUGAUGACUUUGAUAUAGUGAUUGAGGCCAUGCUGGAAGCUCCCUAUAAAAAGGAAGAGGAUGAGCAGCAAAGGAAAGAGGUUAAAAAGGACUGUCCCAGCAAUACCACCAACAGCACCAGCAGCACCGGCAACAGUGGCAGUGCUACCAGUGUGAGCAGCACCACUGGGGAGACAAGCAAGAAGAAGAGGAGUCGGAGCCAUAGUAGAAGCAGGGAUAGAAAGCGCAGUCGUAGUCGAGACCGGGAUCGGCAUAGACGAAGAAACAGUCGGAGCAGAAGUCGGGAUCGUCAGCGUCGUCACCGCAGCCGUAGCUGGGAUCGUCGGCAUACUAGUGAGUCACGAAGUCGGGACCGGCGUCGUGAGGAACGUGUGCGCUACAAGAGUCCUCCACUUGCCCCUGGGCGGAUAUAUGGACAUAGUAAGAGUCCUCAUUUCAGAGAGAAGAGCCCAGUCAGGGAGCCAAUUGAUAAUCUGAGUCCUGAGGAGCGUGAUGCUCGCACAGUUUUCUGUAUGCAGUUAGCUGCCCGCAUUCGGCCUCGAGACCUGGAGGACUUUUUCUCUGCUGUUGGCAAGGUUCGUGAUGUGCGUAUUAUCUCAGAUCGGAACUCCCGUCGUUCUAAGGGCAUUGCCUAUGUGGAAUUCUGUGAAAUCCAGUCUGUGCCACUGGCCAUUGGGCUGACUGGACAACGGCUGCUGGGAGUGCCUAUCAUUGUACAGGCUUCACAGGCUGAGAAAAACCGACUGGCCGCCAUGGCCAACAAUCUGCAAAAGGGCAGUGGUGGACCAAUGCGCCUCUAUGUGGGUUCCCUGCACUUCAAUAUCACCGAGGACAUGCUCCGGGGCAUCUUUGAGCCCUUUGGCAAAAUUGAUAAUAUUGUUCUGAUGAAGGACUCAGAUACAGGCCGCUCUAAAGGUUAUGGUUUCAUUACAUUCUCUGACUCUGAGUGUGCCCGACGGGCCCUGGAACAAUUGAAUGGCUUUGAGCUUGCUGGUCGACCUAUGAGGGUUGGCCAAGUAACUGAGCGGCUGGAUGGUGGCACAGACAUCACUUUUCCUGAUGGGGACCAGGAGCUGGAUCUGGGAUCAGCAGGUGGACGUUUGCAGCUCAUGGCCAAAUUGGCAGAAGGUUCUGGAAUCCAGCUACCAACUGCAGCUGCUGCUGCUGCUGCUGCUCAAGCUGCUGCCCUGCAACUAAAUGGAGCAGUUCCCUUGGGGGCCCUAAACCCAGCAGCUCUGACUGCUCUGAGUCCAGCCCUGAACCUUGCCUCCCAGGCAAUCGCCUCUCAGUGCUUCCAGCUCUCCAGCCUCUUUACUCCUCCGACCAUGUAAAUCAGUGGCACAGUACACUGCUUCCCUGUGUGCAUCUGGGUCCUGCCACUCCCUUCUCCACAUCUACUCUUCCACGGCCCCAUCUCUCCAUUUUGUGGACCAAGCCAUUCUGAGGGCAUGGACAUUAACUCUGAGGGAAUUGGGGCCACCUUUAGAUACCAAGAAGAGCUCUUGCCCAUGGCCCCACUGGAAAUGGACUCUGCUGAGCAAAGCCCCCAGUUGAAGAGAACAGAAUCUACACCUACAUUGAAUACCUGUUUCUCCGUGUGUAUCGUCUCUGAGAUGACUUUCUUGCCCUUUCCAAUCACCUUAGUGAUUCCACAAUUCCUCCCCCAUUGGGAACGCCAUAGGGCAUUAACUGAAGGAACUAACCUCUCUCCUUUUUCUAUACCUUUUACCCUAAAAUCUAUCAGGGACCUCAGAAUCAAGAGGACUUUGGAGUUUGGAGGGUGGACCUUGAAGGUGCUAGCUUUCUGCUACAAGGGCCCUGGAAGAUAGCAUGGACAUAUGCAUUGUGAAGCUUUCCUUAGACCACAGCUUGGUACAGCUUGAGGCCAGAAACUACUGUAGGCUCAGCAUCUUGCUGGGAGGCAUGGGAGUGAUCUGUCCUGCCAGGCAUUUUGGAUGCCUUUAGGGGCUUUCAGAAGUUUAGUAAAAGGUAGGGUACCUUUCCAGUAUCUUCCAACUUCCUUGUACUUCUUCCCAGUACAGGUAUACUUCCUCCCGGGUUGUCCUCCCUUUGGCCCAGGGUGGAAGGAUGGAGGGAGGCUGCUACUCUCUACCACUUCCUGUGUAUCUCUACUGUGGCCUCAACCCUGGCAGUUAAAGCCGUUCCCAUCCCUUACUUGGGCACAUGUGAGCCCUUCUCACUGGAUUUUAUACCCUGUGUCUGUGUACAUAAAUAUAUAUAUAUAUAUAUACAUAAACUUUGUACAAAAAGGAA